GUGAACUUUAAGGUCAAAGGCUUUGGGUCAAAGCACCUGUUAGACUCGUCUGCUGUUAAAAUAUCGCCGCAAAAGUCGGUUUGUUGCAUUCCAGAAGCAGCGAUUGAACAAUGGUGUACCAAGAGAAGGCAGCUGAACUUACCAAAGUUAUCGAGGGAUACCUCAAUGACGACGCUGAUUGGAAGGAGGUGAAAAAUUCGAAAGGUGUGAAAGUAUGGGCUAAAAAGUCAGAAAUGUUUGGAGGACGCCUAUACAAGGCAGAAGGAGUUAUAGAUUCUCCUAAAGAGAAAGUAUUUGAGAUGGUUGAACCAAAGACUGAUGGCAAAAGACCUGGGUGGGACAAAGCCAUUAAAGGGUUAGAGACAUUAGAAACAGUUGAUGAUAAAACGUCAGUAGUACGAACAGUCACCCACAGCGCUGCCAAGGGUCUUAUAUCAUCACGAGAUUUUGUUGAUGUAACAGUGACAGUGGAAGCAGAUGAUUAUGUAGCAACUAUAGCCCAGAGUGUAACGCACAGUAACUGUCCAGAGGAGAGUGGAGUUGUACGGGGGACCAAUCACCCAUGUGGACUUAUAUGUAGACCAGAAGGGGACAAAACCAAGUUAAUCCACUUCUGCCAAGCAGAUAUAGGAGGCAUGUUACCUACAUCUCUAGUUGAGUCUGCGCUUCCUUCCAACAUUGUCAGCUUCUAUGAGUCCCUAAGAGAGGCUCUUAAGUAAAUCUGAGCGAGCCAAUUGAAAGACAUGGUGGAUUCAUUUUGUGAUUCAUUCAGAGAGAGGGCUGUAUGUAUAUAAGCCUAUAUGGUGCCAGAGGGUACCUUGCCUUGGUGUAAAUCUUUCUGUAUUUUAUGACUAUGUGACACUUUUAAGGGGGUGGGUACUCUAGGGUGCUUAGUCGCCUUUUGGCAUAUAAUCCCUAGAGAACGCCCUCUCAGACCUGAAACUCUGAUAGAUAUGUUCUGUAUUGUUUUGUCAGGAUAUGUAUUUAUUUAAAAACUACGCAAAGGAAAAUGUAUGUUGCAUGUGAAACCAAAUAAGAAUUUAUUCAGUAUUGUUGACAAUGAUAUUUUGCUAGACUAGUACAAUUAAGAAUAGUCAGAUUAUUACAUGCUCGACUUGUACAAUUAAGAAUAGUCAGAUUACUACAUGCUCGACUUGUACAAUUAAGAAUAGCCA